AUGGAUCUGGGCCCACUGCCUCAGGGCUGGGACCAAGGGUUCACACCUGAAGGAGAAGUUUACUUCAUUGACCACAUAAAUAAGAGGACAAGUUGGGUCGAUCCAAGAACCACUAAUCUUGCUACUGGUCAGUUGUGUGCGUUUAUAUGA